AUGGCUAGAAUUUCUCCUAUCCUAGCUUUCCAACUCAUAAUUUCCUCCCUCUUCUCUUCCUUUGCCAUGAUCCCAGUCUCUGGGGAAAAUCAUGGGUUUGUGGGAAGCAUUGACCCUAAACUUUUUGGGCUGCAAAAAGAAAAGCGCACCCACAUUCGCUUAUAUUGGCAUGACAUUCUUAAUGGGCCUCACCCUUCUGCCAUAGACGUGGUGCCUUCACCCACCAAGUCGCCUACAAAUUUUGGGUUAGUGAGAAUGUUUGAUAAUGCCCUAACCAAAGGACCUGAAUUGAGCUCAGAAUUGGUGGCAAGGGCUCAAGGGUUUUAUGCAUCUGCAGCACAAAAGGAGCUUAGCCUGUUGAUGGUUCAGAACUUUGCUUUUGUCCAAGGUGAGUUUAAUGGCAGCACCAUAAGUUUGCUAGGAAGAAAUUCAAUUUUCAACAAGGUAAGGGAGCUGCCUGUGGUUGGUGGAAGCGGGGCUUUCAGGUUUGCUAGGGGUUACGCUGAGGCAACAACUCACACUUUUGAUGGCACCACCACCGGUUAUAUGUGUUGCAUUACUGAUCAUGGGAUUUGGGAAGUUCAUAGUAUGACUUGUUGUAUUUUCUUGGAAAUAAAUCAAAUUAAAUAA